CUGCGCGCCUGGGAGAACAUCCCCCGCCUCGUCGUGCGCGGCCUGCAGUUUCUAUUCGGCCUCAUCAUCGUGGGCAUCUACGGCGUGCGCGUCGGCGACGGGCAAAAGAACGCCGCCGAUGCCUCCUCGGCGUGGUGGUUCGGCAUGAUCGUCGCCGUGCUGGCCUGCAUCUCUGCCCUGAUCCUGGCCUUCACGGCCCCCUUCGGCAUGGUCUCGAAGCGGUGCAAGACGCACCACAUGUUCGGCUGGGACUUGUCGAUCUUUUUGCUGUGGAUCAUCGUCUUUGGUGUCUUUAUGGGCAUCUUCCACAAUCGCAGCAGUGAUGACUCCUACAAGGGCAGCAGCACCGGGGUCGAGAAGUCCGCUGCCUGGCUGGACCUCGUCAACGCGCUGUUCUGGCUUGUCUCGGGCGUCUAUGGCGCCGUCAAGACCUGGGCUGGGCGCAGGAGGGAUGCGCUCAAGGAUCAGGCGCAGAACAGGCUCCUC